GGAAAUCUGUGCAAGCUACUUGAUCUAUGCCUCGCGACCUACUUCGCCUUUGAUGGACAGAUCUAUGAGCAGGUGAAAGGAGCCCCAAUGGGAUCCCCUGUGUCAGGACUCGUUGCAGAAAUAGUAAUGCAGAAACUUGAAGAGGAUGUACUGCCGAUAAUCAGCCCAAAGUUGUGGAUCCGAUACGUCGAUGAUACAUUCGUGAUACUAAAACGUAGUCAAGUAGCGGUUGCAUACGAGUUACUCAAUAACACCAUGGAGGACAUCCAUUUUACGAUGGAAUCGGAGAUAAAAGACCAACUCCCAUUUUUGGAUGUGUUAGUCACCAGGACGAUUGAUGGAGCGUUGCAAACAUCGGUUUACAGGAAAGGAACACACACCGAUCAGAUUCUAAACUACUACAGUAAUCACCCGAAAUGUCACAAAAUAAGCUGCGUGCGGACUCUCUUUCGUAGAAUUGAAACACAUUGCAGCACUCUUGAGGCGAAGAAGAAAGAAGAGCUAUACUUAUUCAAAUCAUUCCAACUAAAUGGAUAUCCACGCAGCUUUGUCCGGCGAUGUCUAAACAACAAAGCUACGACCUCUCCGCCUGCACAAACGACAACAAAGCGAAUCGUUCUACCUUAUGUAAAGAACAUCUCCGAGAUGACAGCAAGAUUAUUCAAACAGCACGGUCUUACAGUGGCUCACAAACCAACCGCCACAUUGAGAAGAACCCUGUCGAAACCCAAAGCUAGACCUAAAGCACAUGAAAGACGAAAUGUUGUGUACAAGAUACGGUGUCAAGAUUGCGAUAAGAACUAUGUGGGUCAGACAGGAAGACAACUGUCUACAAGAAUACAAGAGCAUAAAAGAGCUUGUAAGAACCAUUAUGCUCUCUCACUUGUUUCAAUACAUACAGACGAAGAAGGACAUCACUUCGACUGGAACAACGCAGAAAUCCUAGCACAAGGAGAGACACAAAAAGGAAGAGAGUUCCUCGAGGCAUGGUACUCGACGAAGCACUCGAUAAACAUGCACGUCGAGAUUGACCCGGUUUACGAAACGAUAAGACGGAGAGAAUUAAAACAACUUAAAAACCGUCGAAAGCAGUUAACAGACCCGUUAAUAACACAGCAGCAACAACCGGGACAAAACCAUCCUAUGGAACGUCCAUAUUCACCAGAGAAGCUGGGUAGACGAAUGGUCACGGGGCACAGAUUGAGAGAGCCAAUUCAAAAGUCACUUGCUAAUCAAUCACAAAUCGACGGCCAAACCAGCGGAUUACGUUUGACCCUACAGCGCACUGAGGAAGUCACCUCGCAUGGUGAUGAAACGUCUGCAUACCAAUUACGAAGCUCGGCGAACAAUUGAACCCAAGAACGAUCAACCCGGGCUACCUGUACAUAAAGUCAUUUUAAACAAUUAUGGGCGCGAAACGCUCCGAACUGCUCGCCGCUGGGAGGAUUUUGCCUGCAGACAUGCCUCCACACGGCAGCAACUGACUUUUCUUCAUGAUUGCUUACGCAAUGAUACUCUCCCCCGCAGCGUCAGCUACAGACCUCCGAUUAACCAUCCACAAGCAUGGAAAGUUGCACGACAAUUUGGGAAACACAUGGUGCGGAUCAUGAUCACGGACGCCCACAACCGCAUCAGAAAAUAUGAGCGAUGUAUCAACGAGCAUCGGACUAGUUGUCUGGGAGUUAUUGGACAACAGUUAACAGAACAGCUCAGCUUAUCAAUAGAGCGUAGAGUGGAGAAUGCUAGGAGAAGAAAACAAGAGGCAUUAAAGAAUAAGUUUUUUAAGUUGACCAACGCAAAUAGCGAAACUAAUUACAAUGACUGGAUCCGAAAUCUAUCCAAUAGACCACUAUCCGAAGCAGAAAAGCGAGUCCUCACAAAAGGACUCAAUUACAAUUUCAAGGAUGCUACAACUAUGGACUUCCUGUCCGGAUUCGAAAGUGCAAUCAAAUCCAGUGGGCUUGACGAUUAUACGCAAAAACAGUUGAGAGCUACAAUUAUUCCAGUUGUAGCACGUAACAAGCAACACACUUCUCUAUCUCAACAGGAGAUGGAUGCAAUAAAGGCUUUGAAAGCUGAUGAAUCCAUUGUCAUUUUACCUGCAGACAAGGGGCACGUGACGGUUGUAUUGAAUAAAACAGAUUAUGUCGAAAAAGCGAAACAGCUUCUGAGCGAUACAACAACCUACCGCCGCAUCGAAAACAAUCCAACUACCCAAAUGACAAACAAAAUAAACAGAACGUUGAAAUUACUCCAGGAACGGAAUCAAAUCACAAAGGAAGAUCGUGCCCGAAUGAUGGCCCGCGAUCCGAACAUAGCGCAAUUCUACGGGCUUCCAAAAAUACAUAAAGACGGUGCACCAUUAAGACCGAUCGUAUCGCUCCCAGGUACACCUACGUACAACCUAGCAAGAGAGUUGUGGAGACGUCUCAAGCACCUAACAACUGGAUCACAGCACUCUAUACAUAGCGCACAACAAUUUCUGGAGAGGAUCAAAGAUAUAAGAGUAAAUCAUGACGAGAUAAUGGUAUCGUUCGACGUGACCGCACUCUUUACGUCUGUCAACUUACAGACCGCAAAGCAAGCAAUCAUCGAACGGCUGGACCAAAGUGAAAAAACAAUCGGAAAGCUGACGACUGGAAAUCUGUGCAAGCUACUUGAUCUAUGCCUCGCGACCUACUUCGCCUUUGAUGGACAGAUCUAUGAGCAGGUGAAAGGAGCCCCAAUGGGAUCCCCUGUGUCAGGACUCGUUGCAGAAAUAGUAAUGCAGAAACUUGAAGAGGAUGUACUGCCGAUAAUCAGCCCAAAGUUGUGGAUCCGAUACGUCGAUGAUACAUUCGUGAUACUAAAACGUAGUCAAGUAGCGGUUGCAUACGAGUUACUCAAUAACACCAUGGAGGACAUCCAUUUUACGAUGGAAUCGGAGAUAAAAGACCAACUCCCAUUUUUGGAUGUGUUAGUCACCAGGACGAUUGAUGGAGCGUUGCAAACAUCGGUUUACAGGAAAGGAACACACACCGAUCAGAUUCUAAACUACUACAGUAAUCACCCGAAAUGUCACAAAAUAAGCUGCGUGCGGACUCUCUUUCGUAGAAUUGAAACACAUUGCAGCACUCUUGAGGCGAAGAAGAAAGAAGAGCUAUACUUAUUCAAAUCAUUCCAACUAAAUGGAUAUCCACGCAGCUUUGUCCGGCGAUGUCUAAACAACAAAGCUACGACCUCUCCGCCUGCACAAACGACAACAAAGCGAAUCGUUCUACCUUAUGUAAAGAACAUCUCCGAGAUGACAGCAAGAUUAUUCAAACAGCACGGUCUUACAGUGGCUCACAAACCAACCGCCACAUUGAGAAGAACCCUGUCGAAACCCAAAGCUAGACCUAAAGCACAUGAAAGACGAAAUGUUGUGUACAAGAUACGGUGUCAAGAUUGCGAUAAGAACUAUGUGGGUCAGACAGGAAGACAACUGUCUACAAGAAUACAAGAGCAUAAAAGAGCUUGUAAGAACCAUUAUGCUCUCUCACUUGUUUCAAUACAUACAGACGAAGAAGGACAUCACUUCGACUGGAACAACGCAGAAAUCCUAGCACAAGGAGAGACACAAAAAGGAAGAGAGUUCCUCGAGGCAUGGUACUCGACGAAGCACUCGAUAAACAUGCACGUCGAGAUUGACCCGGUUUACGAAACGAUAAGACGGAGAGAAUUAAAACAACUUAAAAACCGUCGAAAGCAGUUAACAGACCCGUUAAUAACACAGCAGCAACAACCGGGACAAAACCAUCCUAUGGAACGUCCAUAUUCACCAGAGAAGCUGGGUAGACGAAUGGUCACGGGGCACAGAUUGAGAGAGCCAAUUCAAAAGUCACUUGCUAAUCAAUCACAAAUCGACGGCCAAACCAGCGGAUUACGUUUGACCCUACAGCGCACUGAGGAAGUCACCUCGCAUGGUGAUGAAACGUCUGCAUACCAAUUACGAAGCUCGGCGAACAAUUGAACC